AUGAACUACUCACGCGCCGGGUACGCGCCGAUACCAGCCGACGACGACAAUUCGGAGCAUGCCUCGCCUGUCUACCCACCGGACUAUAACGACCAGCGGAGAGGGCGGUUGGGGCAGAGUUACCAAGACGCGGUGGCAGCCCUCGAGGCGGACCCGAGAUUUAAUCAGGAAGAGCCCAAAACGUGGCAGCGAGUCCUGUUGCUGAUAGUGAUGAUGUUACUGUUCUAUCUGGCGUUCAAAAUGAAGGCUGGCGAUUGA